AUGGCGCCGCAGCCGACCGACACUGAUUUCCGCCAGAACGACAGAAGACAAGAUUAUGGUCUAAAAGUAUGGCACAGGAUGAAAUACACGGACGUUAAGCAGGCCAAAGUGCGCGCCGCGUACAACACCACCGCUUCUCUGAUCCCCACUGAACAUGCCAAGGGGUGUAAGAUGUGUUUUUGUGCCGAGUUUCCUUGCCCGUUCUGUGUUUAUUUUUGCGAGUGGGGAAAUGUAGGCAACCUUUGUUGUUGCCCGUGCCUCUUCGGCGUGCCGUUACCCGUCCCUUGGUUGAUCUCUUGUGUGAAGUUGACCUGGGCGGGCUUUGAUUCGUGGCAUCAUUUUUUUGAGAUUAGUGAGGAGAAGAAUAGUGAGGAGUGCCAGUAUGUAUUGGUGGACAAAAAAGCAGGAGUCAUUAAUGCCUACCAGCUAGAUUGUUGCUGCCCAUAUGAUGUGGAGAAAGCGUGCUGCACCCUCGUACCUCUCACUAGUCUCACCACGAAGGUAGAUGGCAUUAGUUCUUUUCCAGCGCCUCAAUCCUAG